AAGAAAUCAGAAAAUGGAAAUAAAUUUUGAUAGAGGAGGAACUUUGCCAAAAAAGAAGUCCAAUCUAUUUAAAACAGCGACUUUUGGAUCCAGAAAUGAGGAAAAAGAAAAAAAGCAAAAAACAAAACGUGAUCAAAAGAAGAAAUCCAGCAAGAAAGAUGAGAAUGGAGAUGGAACUACUGAAAUUCGAUCGGCGAACAUGCUUACACUAAAUACAUUAGUUCCGGACAUGAUUUUGAUGGGAAUUGUUAAAUCAAUUUAUGCAGAUCGUUUGUUGCUCAGUUUGCCUGGAAGACUAUUCUGUCGAGUCCCAAUUACUCACAUCUCUAAAUCCUAUUCCGAAUUUUUACAGUCAACACUCGAAGGAGAAGAUUUGCUUGAUAAGCCAAAAAGUUUAUCAGAGAUGUUUCAUGUUGGACAAAUGGUAUAUACAAAAGUUUUGGAUAAAUGUCAUGGCGAUAAACAGGAUAUACUAUGCUCAUUGCUUCCAGAAGAUAUCAAUUCCGAAAUUUCAAGCAACAUGUUAGAUAAAGGCAAUGUUAUUUUAUGUGCUAUAGAGGAAGUCGAAGACCAUGGAUAUUUUCUCGAAACUGGAAUAAAAGGCAUUCGUGGAUUCUUGCCAAAGAAAAACAUUAAAUCAGAACCGAAAGUUGGCGAGCAAUUGUUCUGCAAGGUUCAAAAAGUUUCUGAAAGUGUUGUGACAUUUGCUGCAUUUAAGAAAGGCGAACAGAUAAAAGUAGAAACAGCAGAUGUUCCAAAUAUGAAAACUCUACUGCCCAGCACAAUUGUAAAUUUUAAUGUUGUUUCAUCGUUGAAAAAUGGAUUUGAAGGACUUUUAUUCGAUGGCUCAGUUACUGCUUAUGCAAAUGAACUCUAUGUUCCAUCAAAAUUGUCUACAGAUCCAAAACUUAUUGGCAGAGAAGUCAAGGCAAGAGUUUUAUACAGAAUGCCAUUAUCGAAUCAAUUAUAUGUAACUUUAAAUGUCGAUGACACAACAAAUGAUAAAAUCACGUUUGGCACUGUAAUUGAGAAUGCCAAAGUCAUAAAGCAAACAAACACGGGAGUUCUGUUUAAGUUAAAUUCAGAUCAUUGCGCAUUUUUACCAAGAAAAACAAUCGUUAAGAAUUAUAAGAAUAAUUUUGACAUUGAUACUGCUAUGCUAAAGUUUUCACCUAAUAGCAUGCAUACAGUUCGCAUUAUGGAUUACAAUCAAUUUGAACAUUGUUAUUUAUGCACAAACAAUGAAAAGUUAUUGAAUGAAAAAUAUUAUGGAACAUAUGAUUUGAAUAUUGGACAAAUUGUUCAGGCAAAGAUUGUAGAAAAGUUAAAUGAUGGCUUGAGAGUAUCAAUUGGAAAUGUUAAAGGUUUCUUAAAGGGUAUUUUAUAUCACAAAACAGCCAAGAGUAAUGAAAUUGGAUCAAAUAUUCGUGUACGAGUCGUUGAAAUUGAACAUAAUGAGAAAUUCGUUCAAGUUACAAAUUUGCAAGGUUUCUUACGAGACGGAUGUAAGAUUUUGGAUUCAAAGAAAAAUGCCAAAGUCGGAGAAACUUAUGCAGGCGUUGUAUUGAAUGAUAAGGAUAAGCAUUAUUCAGUUUUAUUCUUUAAUCACAUUAUGGGUAUGGUCUUGAAAAAUGAGGAAAAUCAAGUAGAUAUAAUUAGUGCGGGAGGAUUAAAGCAAGGCUCAGUUAAGAUGUUUAAAAUUGCUAAAGUUAAAGGAGAUAAAAUAUUAUUAAGCUUAGCGAAAAAGCUCAAUACACAGAAUUUGGGUAAGAUUUAUGAAUGUAAAGUUACAUCAGUUCUUCCCACAUCAGGAUUACAAGUCUUUAUUGAUGAUUUAAAAGCGUAUGGAAAAGUUCCAACACCUUUACUUUCUGAAUUUUCACAUCUUAAUGAUCAAGUCUUAGCAGCGAUUAAAGAAAAUUCAAAACUAGAAGUUGUAUCGCUUGGAAAUAAUCAAUACAGUCGACGAGAUGUCAAAUACUUCACUAACAAUGCUGCAAAUGAUUUUAAUGAUGUAAAACCAAACGAUGUUUUAAGAUGUUACGUUAAAGCUUCAAAUGAGAAAAUUAUUGAGCUUGAAUGUCCUCUGAAAAACUUCAAUGACACAAUUCGUUUAAAUCGAGACGCUUUUGAUAAUCCAGAUGACUUGGUAUUAAAUAUUGGCGAUGUUGUUUACGUUAACGUCAUUGCCAAAAAUGAAAGUCAUUCAAAUUCGCUUUAUGUUACACCCUCAUUGCCAAAAGUAUGGAGGUCAAAUAAGGAAUCACUUGAUAUGCUAUCUAAUUAUUUAGAUGACAUUUCAUUGCUCAUUUCAAAUGCAAAGGAAUUGGAGAAGCCAUUUGCAAAAUAUUCAAUUGGACAGAGAAUUAGCGGAACUGUGAAAAAUUUGAUUGGAAAUAAUGUUCUUAUUGAAUUGGAGGAAAAUGUUUAUGCUCAAGGAACUGCUGAAAAUGUACACAUUCAUAAAGUUGGAAGUAAAAUUAAUGAAGCCGUAAUAGUUUGGAUUGAUCCUAUUCAACAGAUGCUUUUUGUGACUACAUUUGAAAAAUGUAAAGAUGAAAUUAGUAUAGAUCAAGAAGUUGAUGACAAACGUGUAUGUGAAAAGAAGCAUAAAGCAAUUAUUGUAUACAGCAAUGAAUACCUCAGCGUUUGCACAAUUCGUAAACAAGGUCAGCCUCUAAUUUAUGUUCCAACAAAACAUCAUUAUAAUGACUUUAGUACAUCAAAUUGCCGUGCUUUGGGAAAUGCUACAAGUAAAUUAAUCAUAAAGAAGCUUAGCAAUGGAAAGUUGUUAGGUGUUUUUGCACAGGACGAUAAAGUUUUUCAGAAACUCGAAAAGAUUAAAAACAAAUUGGAACAAAAAGCUCCGAUUAAGAGAAAAUUGACAAGCAGUGUAUCGGAGAGUAUUGGUGAAGAGAAUGAAACAAUUAAGCAUCCUAAAGUUGUCUUAGACGAUUCUGAAGACGAGACUGACAAAAAUAUCACGAAAAACGAUGAAAAUGUUGGAGAAAAUUCAAAAGAGGAUUUCCAUAGCACAUUAAAGAAGCAAGCAAAACAUACAAUCAGGAAGAUUGGUAACAAAAUAAAGAAGAAAACAGCUCAGAUGACCAAACCUGGUAAGAAGUUUCUAAAUAAAGAUUCGCUUCUAGACGAUGAUUUGGUAAAUUUAAUAUCAUAUAAGAAGAUUAAGGAAGGACAAACAUCUACAGUAAUAGAAAAGAAACAUGAUAAAGUCAUGAUUAAAUCAACAAUUGGCAAGAAGAAAAAGCCCAAACGUUUGGUUAAAAAAUAAGUAAAUCUCUUUCAUGCCUUUUACCUUUCUAUAUUAAAUUUAAUAUUUCAUGUUGAGCUAUAAAUAAGCUUUGAAUUACAGCAAGUAAUAGAAAUAAAACUUUUUUGCUAAAACAGAUA